AUGUGUCCUAAAAGCCAGAUAAUUUUAGGAGAAGAUGCAGAGCAAAAAAUGAAGUCUAUUCUCUGUCGAAUAACACAGUCAAGCAUAGAAUCGAUGACAUUGCAGCAAUGCGAUGAAUCCACCUACAUCGUUAAUUGUGCACAGUUAAUAGUUUAUGUUCGUUACAUCGGCGGAGAUAUCAUUCAAGAAGAGAUUUUGUACUCCCAAUCUUUGACAGCAGGUACUACAUCUGAAGAAAUAUUUGAUUCAACAUCAAAUUUUGUUGAAAAAAAUGAUUUGGAUUGGAAUAAACUCAUUGAACUUUGCACAGAUGACGUACUUGCAGUGAUAGGUGUACGACCGGGCUUAGCUAAAAAGCUCAGGGAAAAAAGUCCCGCAAUGGUUAGUACAGGUUUUGUUUGUUAUUCAUCGCCAAGCUUUGGCUUUCAAAACAUUGCCACAGAAAUUCGCCAGACUUUGGACUCGGCUAUAAGGAUUGUAAACUACAUCAAGAGCAGCGCUUUGAACAGUAGGUUAUUAAAUUUACUUUGUGAGGAUCUCGAUUCUGAACAUAAAGUUCUUCUAUUCCAUACAGAAAUACGCUGA